AGAAGUUUGUUAUUGGAUCGGGUAACGAGAUAUUCGCGACGGAAGUUUUCGUCGGUUUUCACUGGCGCGAUUUUUAAAAUCUUUUGAUGCGAUUAUCUAAUGAACUAAUUGAGAUAAUUGGAACUUUUUUUUUUUAAAUUACAGCUAAAACUAUGUAGAAUAGAAUGUGACUAUCGUUUUUAUCGGUUAAUUUUGAAUAGUAGUAGAAAUAAAUGAUAAAUCACAGAAGUUAGCGACUCUGUUCAAAACGUGUCAUUUUUUAAAGUCAUCGCUAAGUGAUUGUAAUCAAAAUCAAGGAUCAUGAUGGUACUCAGGUCUUAGAGUGUUUAAUUACGAAUCUUUUGAGCGCCCGCAGAAGUCAGUUACUCGAUUAGGUCCCGAGAUAUCGGGACCGAAAGUCUACAAAACAUUUCGGAGCGGUGCGACUAUCUAAUGAACAAAUUGAAAAAAUUAGGACUUUUUUUUUAAAUUACAGAAUUUCCUACAAAAAAGGUUCUUAUCAAUUUCCAUGUAAGUCCAGUAGUUUAGCUGCUAGAUAUCUUCAAAGUUGGCCAUCACCAAAGCAGCAAAAAAAAAUAAAUCGCUACUGUACUGAUAGAAGAGCUAUUCUAUAUGAUAUAGUUUUGAUAACAAGCGGAUUUGAUAAACAUUGAAAUGACGAGUGAACAAGGAAAUGUUGAGAAAAUAAUUAAUAGUCCGGGAACGAUAAAUAUUGUGGUGACAGUAAUAACACAUGUGUUAUUAUUAAUCCCAGCAUUUUAUAUUAUUGUUGUUUAUUUUAUUAAGUAUUCAUUUUUUUCUUGGCAUCCUAUUUUGACUGUCCUUGGGGUGGGAUUACUGAUAUUCGAAGGAAUAUUCGCAAUAUCCGGAGAGGCAAAUUUGAUAGCACGAGUCACACGUGCCAAUAGAAUAACAAUUCACUGGAUAUUAAUAACCACAGGAUUAACGUUGAUGGGAAUUGGGCUAAUAAUUGCGGUGGUUAAUAAAAACCGCCUUAAUAAAUAUCAUUUUAGUACAACCCAUGGGCAACUGGGACUCAGUGCUAUUGUCAUUUCCUGCGUGGUUGCAGGAUUUGGUAUUAUUGCCAAUAAUACGCGUUGGCUGUAUCCCCGAGUAAGGCCGGUCCUAAUAAAAGUCGCCCAUGCACUUGGUGGCAUCACAAUUGCUAUUAUCUUUAUCGCAACAAUUAUUAAUGGUACUUACAAGCAUUCAUUCCCUGGCACGGAUGUCGGCAGAGAUAUUUCAUUCGCGUGUUAUUUUUUCGCUGGUCUUUUCUUACUUUUCAAACCCAUACUCGGCGCGGUUUCAAGGUCACGCGUUAUUUUAAAACCAGCACAGACACAAGCCGCGUAAAUUAGUAUAAAUGUUUAAUUUUUUACUGUACCUAUAUAAUUAAUUAACAAAAAUAAAACAAUUCUGUAAAAAUAAAUAAUUAAUUAAAUAUUUUUGUAAUAAAAUUUUACUU